CGUUUGUGAUUGGUUGGUGUCUCAAAAUGGUUAGCGCCCACUGGGAUUUGCGCCUCUAUCAUUUGUAUGGGACUACGUAACAGAGAAAGCGCUUUACUAACUUCUUUCCGCGGAUAGGGUAUAGAGAUUUCAUUGCAUACAAAGUUAGCCACCUUGUUAUCAUAGAUUUACUAUAGCUUAGUAAGACGUAUCCUACUGUCUAUGAUUGUUAUCAAUAGAAUAGAAUAAUAUGAUAUAAUUAUGUUCUGUCAUUAAAAGAUGAAGUACUCUUUCGGUGGAACAACUCUGCGAAAUGAUAACCGAAUUAGUAUACUUAUAUUAUUUUGUUAUAAUAUGAAUGAAGUACAUACAUAGAGAUAAUAUUCCUUGAUAUAUUCCUGAUCGAUGCUGAUGGUCUAAACUUGAUUCCAAUACUGUAGUUAAUUCUGUUGUCCACAAUCUUUAAAUAAAGCAAAUUAAUUGAAAGGUCUACCAUCUAGUGCUAUCCUUUUUCCCAGAGAGCAUUAUGAAGAGUAUAGCAAUACAUUUAGACGUCAUUUUAGUUUAGAGAUUGCGCACCAGAAUUAGCCACAAUGUUCAAAACUGUUUCUUUAUGCACUUGACAUAACAAUAAAUGUUAUUUUAAAGAUGGAUUUAAGGUGAAUUUUUCUCAUAUUAUCAAUUUCUAAGUUGGCGGCCAUCGGACUAUUCGCGAUAUAUAAUACGCAUGAAUGUAAUUAAAUUGUAUAGACGAGUAUGCGAGGAGUUGUUUUAUUAUAUUGUCAUAGAUUUAUUUCAUAAUAUAAAUAAUAUUAUUAAAGACUUUUAAAAGUAUUGUGAUAUCUUUAUAUUAUAAGUAUAAUUCUAAUUAAUUGUUUACAAUAAUAACCAUGUGGAACCAUGUUAUAAAUUUGUAGAUUAUAAACCAGAGGUGUUUUAUUUUGAUUUUGUCCCACAAAAUCCGCAUCCGGAACCGUUCGAACAAAAGAAGCUCAUAAUAAAAGUUGGGGCUUAUAUUCAUCGAAGUGGAGGAAGUAAUAGCGAUUCACAAGUUCCUCGCGGCACUCGCACCCUCCCUAGUCCCGAAUGUGAGGCCAUUCCGGAAUUCGGGAGCGUCAGAUUGAUCCCGCACCAUAGAGGGUGGGUCCCCUCCCUUCCUCGCCGCGUAAGUCCCGUUGUACAGCAAUCGCGCGCCAUCCUUUGCCGCGGGAGGGCGCCUGUGUCGCGGCGCGUACCACACGCUACUACGGCCGAUAUUGGUGUGUUUAUUUCCGUGUUCGAAACGACGUACGCGGUACCGUGUGAUGCGUGUACGGAAUAGGAAUCCUUCAAUGUGUAUGUAAACUCGGCGCUAUUUUCCAGAUAAAGCUUUAAAGAUGGGUUAGUCGUAAAUCGUACACACUAACAAAGACUGGCUAUGCCCAAAAUGGAUUACAAAGAAGUGAGGAAAUGGACUUUGUAUUAGAGACAGUGUAUCAAAUGGAGGUGGAAUAGAGAGUCGCAAAGAUGGAUGACAGUUCGCCCGAUUUGUCGCUCAAGCUGCGACGGGGCUCGAGCGAUUCCAGGGAGUCGUUUUAUAUGGACUUCGCUCAAGGCAUAGACUCCGAUAUAGAAGAGGUGACUACAAUUGAGCGGAUAAUUCCUGAGCAUCCUGGCGGGAGGGCGGAGGGCGACGCGGAUACGCUGGCUACGCCAUCCGGGCUGGAUGACAAGGAUUUGUCGCAAUGCUGCUACUCGAUACCGGCGAACAACAUGUCGGGAGGUUCCCACGUGUCCCGGGGGACGUACGUGGACUCCGAGAUAUCUGGCAGCAGUGCUCCGCCAUUGCCGAGCCCGGCAUCUCCGGGCGCCGCCUUGGUGUCUCCUGAAACCCUGAGCAGACACAGUAGUCCCCCUCCCAUACCAGCUCAUCCAACACACCAACCAGCACCGUCUUGUUCCUCGCACCGAGUCCAUUUGGAGUCACCAUUAAGGUUAUCCAGGCCUCCGUCGAUGACUCUCGGGGCAACGCUCUCUCUUCAGCCAAUGCUGUACGGUCCAGGCGGCGGAUCUGCGCAGCCGCCGCUCCCGCCUACCAGGCAUAUACGAUCUUCUGUUGCAAUACAGAACAUGCAUUUUAUCAGCGCGGGUGAUGCACUCGCAACGACGUUAUCGGCUCUGUACGGAAAGCUGUUAGUUGUGAUGGGUGUCGCAUUUCCUAUGGCCGAAGUCAUUUCCACAUACAUUCCACCAUCGUUUUAUGAGGGCUUCUAUCUAUACCUAUACAUCGGCAGCAUGGUGUUCCUGCUGUACAUGUACGCGGCCCUCCUCCGCGACAGGGCCCGCUCUGCAGCUGACACUACCGUUGUUGCCACAGAAUCAGACACCAGUACAUCCCCUUCGGAAUCAGAUUCAUGUUCGUCUCGCACGGAGCGCAGCACGACCACCGCAACGCAUAUGCCGCCACACCUGGCUGGGAAGAGGCUGUCACUUGGGUUCGCGCUCACCUCCCGAACACAUCACUAUGGUAGCUUCUAUUUGAGGAUGGGUGCUGUUGCCUUUGGCAUUGGGUCCAUGAUCUACUCGGGUCUGGAGUUCGGGCAGUACUGGGAACUGGAGAGGAACACCAACUGCCACAACGUCCUGCUUGCGUUGACGCCCGCUACGAGAAUGGCCUUCAUCUUCAUACAGAUGUAUUUCAUCUUUCUCAACAAUGAGAUGAAAGUGUACAAGCACAAGAUAGUAGCGCGGUUCGGGCUAAUGCACAUGGUUGGGACGAACCUCAGCGUGUGGUUGAACGUCCUGGUGCAGGAGACUAAGCACGAGAUCCUCACAUUCUACGACCCUGAGAACAAAACCAUUGGAAUAUCCCACAGACUUGCAUUCCAAAAGGCAUUCGCUUCCUUAUCGACAGACGUCCCGCCCUCGCACCCGGCAGCUGCACAUCUUCGCGUACCCCGCGGCCUGAAGGGACCUCACCAUAUCUUCGAAUGCCGUCGAACCAACAUAAUGGGGUCGUUAGUCCAAGAUGCUUCACCAUUCCUCUUCCCCUGUACUAUAGAAUACUCGCUAAUAUGCGCAGCCAUUCUUUAUGUGAUGUGGAAAAACAUCUCGAAGUAUCCAUCCAAAAACGUCGCAGAAGCUAUAGCCAAAGCCCGCCUCCUAGAAGGAUUGGCCUACAAGAAGUCGCCGCACUUAUACAGCGUCGAUUGCGCCAGAGCUCACAAAGGCCUAUUUUUUGGCAUUCUAGUCCUCGUUUUAACAAUUAUAUCGCUUAUACUGUUCUUCGUUUUGAUUUCGAGAAAAGAAUACGCUACUUUAGCAGUGGUGGAAGUGAAUGUUUGCGAGUUAGCACUCUACGCGAUGACCACGUUCGCGAGUUUGGCGGGAAUGGUCUGCGUACGAAAUCUCAAGUACGACGGAAACAGAAAUCUGGAGCUCGAUAACAUCCUCCUCGUUGGAGCUCAGACUGGAAUGUUUAUCUAUGGAACGUUCACAAUCAUCGGCGGACAUUUCACGAUAGAAAAGAACACGAUACUCAUAUUGAUAACGGCUCUAUCGUCGUUAGUCCAAACGACUUGCCAAACAAUGUUCAUACUGGACGCCAGCCGAAGAUCUGCAAAGACGCCGGAGCAAUUGAGGAAGAAGCCGGGCCGAGAGAUAGUCACGUUUCUCCUUGUGACUAACCUAGCUAUGUGGGCUAUCAACACGCUCGAGAAAUCUCGGGCAGAAUCGCAUCCCGUUCAGUUGCAUUUCUACGGCUUAUGGGCUUGGACUAUCAUAACGCACGUCUCGAUGCCCCUCGCGAUAUUCUACCGGUUCCAUUCUACUGUCUGUUUGUGUGAAAUAUGGAAAAGGGCGUACAAGAUGAAACCCGCUUACAUGUAGCGAAUAGCGCCAAACGUCGGCAAUGAAUCAUGUUAUUUUUGAUCUGAACUAUGAUACUUUGAAAGUAUAAUAUACUUGGGAAGUAAGACAGUGUCGUAGAUAGAUGUUAGUGCCAUAAAUUAUAUAGAUAUCUUUAUAGGAAUUUUAACCCUAUUGUAUAGCUGUAUUUAAGGACAUUUACCAGCCUGUACAUUGAGAUGUUAACACGCGAUAAACUUUCUUUGUUUCCACUUUGAGUGCUUUGCGCACUUGUGAAUAUUGCUUGUAUUUGUUCUGAAGUUGACUGCUCUAAUGUUAAGUUAUUGUAUUUAGAUAUUUUAAUGUGUUAUUUAUUUGUAGCUUUAUACGAUGCUUUAACUAUCGUAACGGAAAUAAUGUGUUGAAUAAUUAAAUACAGUAUUUUUCAAGUAGACGGGUUUGGAUUACAUUAAUUUUAGCGCUUAAUAUUUUUGAUGUUAUUUUUUUGUUCCAUUGUAUUGUUAUGAUAAGUGGAAGAGUAAACUUCUCGUGUUCAUUUUGUCAAUCCUGUUUAGAAUACUUAGAUUAGAAUUACUGUUAGGAUAGUGAUACUUUUAUAUCUUUAGAAAUUUCGCAUCCACAUUCCACAUUUUUUUGUAGAAAGCAUUGUAACUCAUUGAUAUCAUGAAUUCACGAUUUAAUAAAGAGUCUUCCAAUAGAUUAUAUUUUAUAACUACCUUCGUAUAUUUUUGUCGCAAUGUUUAUGUUAUUUUUACGCUUGUGCCCGUAUGUUAAAUAACCAUUUAGCAAUAUUGCUCUUUAUUUUCGAUACGUCAUUUUAAUAAUACAUUAAUAGUUAGUUAGAAAAUCAUUUUUUAGAGUUGAAAACAACCAGUUCAAUAAAAAUAUAAGUAGAUAUGUAUUUCAAACGGCAUGAGCAAUUUUUUAAAUCCUCAUUAUAACGGGAACAAUAAUAUCGACCUAAUAAUAUUUUUUUGAAGGGUUUUAAAUGUAGGAAAAGGAAAUACUCAUGAAGUCAGUAAUAACUCUACCGGUUAAUAGGUACGUAUAGUCUGAUCAGAUCCUAGAGAUUUUGUAGCGAUAUUUUUGCGAUAUAAUGAAUGUAGUGUCAGUAUUUUGGAUAAAUUUUAAAAAUUGUAGCAAUACCUAUUACUUACCAUGGACCCAGUAGUUAGGUAAAAUGAGACACCAAAGUUUUUAUAAUAUUAUUGGUAGUAAAUAUUUGGAGCUUAUUAUGUAAUAGAACUCUCGAAGUGAAUGGUUUUGAAACUUUUAGAAACAACAAUUUAAUAGCUGAUAGACUUAGUUAUUACGUCCAGUUUUUCUUUCAUAAUAAUAUGAAUUUGCUGUGAUAGGCGAAUCUGUUAGUCUAAAGAGUGUUGUACCUAGAUUUCUUAGUAGGAAUGUACGGAGAAUGGUUUGCAAUUUGCAUGCAUCUAUAAUGAGUAGUUCAUAUAAAGACUUGUAUUAACUAACUCUUAAAUAAAUUCACACAAACAGAAUGAAUAUGUUGGUGCAUAAGUUCGUCCGUUUUCAAUACACAUUAUAAAGCCAGCCAUAAUAAAGAAGAUUGUGAUCAUCUUUGGAUAGAUAGCAGUUUUUUACGUAUAUCUGCGUCUCCCACUCUGAUGACUACUGCCUAUUUAUUUGUU